CCACCACAUUACCCCAAACAUCAAUACCUUCAAUUCUCUCUUCACAGACCUCUGUGUUCUCCCACCAAAAUUAGCUUGUAGACUCAAAAGAAAGAAACAACAAUGGAGCUUCUCAAACACCCUCAUCAUUCCUUAUUCAUUUUCGUGUUUGGCCUUGUGCUACUAUUCCCGUCUGUAUUGUCUUGGAAAGAUGCCGUGACCCACGUCCAUCAGUUCGUUAUUCAAGAAGCGUCAGUGAAGAGGCUGUGCAAGACUCAACAUGUGAUGACGGUGAAUGGGAUGUACCCCGGACCAACAUUGGAGAUUAAGAAUGGGGACACCCUCUCGGUCAAAGUCAUUAACAAGGGAAAAUAUAACGUCACCAUCCAUUGGCAUGGAGUGAGGCAGAUGAGGACCGGGUGGGCAGAUGGGCCGGAAUUCGUGACCCAGUGCCCGAUCCGACCAGGGGGCAGCUACACUUACCGGUUCACGGUUCGUGGCCAAGAAGGAACCCUCUGGUGGCACGCUCACAGCUCUUGGCUCCGAGCCACCGUUUACGGUGCUCUUCUCAUCCAGCCCAGGGAGGGCACCAAUUUCCCCUUCGCCAAGCCUGACCGUCAAUCCACUCUCCUUCUCGGGGAAUGGUGGAAUGCGAACCCGGUCGAUGUGGUCAGGGAAGCGACCCGAACCGGUGCGGCUCCAAACAUAUCAGAUGCUUACACCAUCAAUGGCCAGCCGGGAGAUCUCUACAACUGUUCUACCCAAGACACCGUAGUCGUCCCGAUCAGCUCCGGCGAGACAAACCUCCUCCGGGUGGUCAACUCCGCCAUGAACCAGCCGCUCUUUUUCACCAUCGCCAACCACAAAUUCACCGUCGUCGGCGCCGACGCCUCCUACGUCAAACCCUUCACCACCUCCGUCCUAAUGCUUGGACCGGGCCAAACCACCGACGUCCUCAUCUCCGGCGACCAACCCGCUGGCCGGUACUACAUGGCCGCCCGUGCCUACCAGAGCGCCCAAAACGCACCGUUCGACAACACCACCACCACGGCCAUCCUCGAAUACAAAUCCGCCGCCUGCAGCAGCGGCAACUCAUCUUGCUCCCUAACCAAUCCGAUCAUGCCACGUCUCCCGGCCUUCAACGACACGCCGACCGUCACGGCCUUCAGCACCAGCUUCCGGAGCCGCGAACGGGCCCUGGUCCCGGCCCAGAUCGACGAGAGUCUGUUCUUCACAGUGGGCCUGGGCCUGAACAACUGCCCGCCCAAUUUCAACAAGACCCAACAAUGCCAGGGGCCCAACGGGACGAGAUUCACCGCCAGCAUGAACAACGUCUCGUUCUCUCUCCCGUCCAAUUUCUCCCUCCUCCAGGCCCAUAUCCAAGGAAUCCGCGGCGUCUUUACCUCCGAUUUCCCCGCCGCGCCGCCGCGGGUGUUCGAUUACACCGGAAACGUCAGCCGGUCGCUCUGGCAGCCGGCGACGGGGACGAAGCUCUACAGGUUGAAGUACGGUUCGAGGGUUCAGGUCGUGCUUCAGGAUACCAGCAUCGUGACGCCGGAGAAUCACCCGAUUCAUCUCCAUGGAUACGAUUUCUACAUAAUUGCGGAAGGGUUUGGGAAUUACAAUCCCAAGACCGAUUCUUCCAAGUUUAAUCUCGUUGACCCGCCUCUGAGGAACACCGCUGCUGUGCCGGUUGGUGGGUGGGCGGUUAUCCGAUUCGUUGCGGAUAAUCCAGGUGUGUGGCUGAUGCACUGUCAUCUGGAUGUUCAUAUCACAUGGGGGCUGGCCAUGGCCUUUUUGGUGGAGGAUGGAGUUGGGAAACUGGAAGCCAUUGAGCCACCUCCUGAGGAUCUACCAAUCUGUUCAUGAACUAGUGAUUGAAGAAGAAGAAGAAGAAGAAGAAGAAGAAGGAGGGAUGGAUUGUUUUUCCACCCAUUUGAUGAUUUGUAGUGUGUAUUUGGCCCUGCAUUUGGGGAAAAUAUGUAUUUGGGUAUUUUUCUUAUAGUUUUCAGUCAGAUUGGUUGUGGCAGAAGAAAAAUUGUGGGGUUUUGAUCAGAAGGCAAAAGGAACACCCUAAUUGUAAUCAAUAUAUGGUGGCGCUUUUGCUUUCGGAUUUAUUCGUAGACCCGAUUUGUUCCUCAAUUAAUUGAUUAUCUCAGU